GCUAGCUCUAGCUCUCUCUGGGUACAUCUCAAAAGAUACCGCUGCCAAGAAAGUGGAAGGGAGUGAACCAGAAGAUAAAGCACCCUGCUGUGGGAAGCUUGGCAAAAAUGAAGAUGAUCUGGGUGCUGCUGCUGCUGCUGCUGCUGAGCACCCUCCCGGGCACCCCCGCGGUGCCUUCCCGGCGCCCUUCUUGUUACAAGAGGGCCCUCAAGGACCACAGCUGCCACACCAUCCCCGAGGGCAAGGAGAACCUCCGACACGUGGAUGAUGGUCUGCAAGAUCACUUCUGGGAAGGCAAGGGCUGUGAGGUGAUCUGCUACUGCAACUUGAAUGAAUUGCUCUGCUGCCCAAAGGAUAUUUUCUUUGGACCAAAGAUAUCUUUUGUGAUCCCCUGCAACAGUCAGUGAUUCAAGUCUGCAAGUGAAGAUAACAGACAUCAUUCUACGAUCAUGUAAUAAUGUUUUCAAGGGUAAAACAAAAUUACCACCAACAAAAAAAACUUCCUUUCUAAUCACAAGCCACUGCCUCACUUUACACUGUAAAAAGAAUUUCCUUUCUAUACCUUUAUGGAAUAUCAAAUACCUAAGAUGUUUUCUUUUCAAAUCUGGUGCUGACCUAAUUUCCAUAAAGCCAUUUCCAUGGUUUAACAGACUGUACAAGCUCUUAAUGUAGCCUAAUAUUGCAUACCCCAGCAAAAAGCAUAACUCUUCUUACUCAGCAUAAUAUCUUUAGUCUGGACAAAGAAAGUUCAAGCCUAAGCCUUCAUGUUGUUAGGAACAUGACUCUCAGAGCAACUUAUGGCAGUGCAGCUUCCUAUUCUAUUACUGCCAUCGCACUUUUAAUGUAAUUUUAAGCUCUAGCCACUCAAUCCCUGGCACUUCCGAAGAGAGGCUCCCAUGUUCUGUUUAGGCAUCUUAAAAUACCUGCACAUACAAAAGGCCUGUAUUUCCAUAUUUGAAAGUAUUUCUCUGGAACAAAGCAAUAGUAAAAAUUGAUAUUAACAGUACUGAAGCACAGUUGGGUCUUAAGUCUAACUGGUCACCUGCCUUGACUAUGCAAUCUCUAAACCCUUAAACUGCUUAAUCUUAGCAGUGAACAUUUAAACAUAUUAGAACAACAAAUUUUUAAUUCAAAUUUUGAAAUACAGUACUUCAAAGUAAGUUAAAAUGCUGGCUUUUUUAGGCUAGCCCUGUAAGGCAACAGCUACAGAAAGCACAGAAAUAAUCAUCUUCAUAUUUAAGAGGUAUUGUGAUCUGAGAUAGAAACAGAGACAUAAAUUUUGACCAUUUUUCUGUUACGUGGCAAUCUGUAUUGGCAGGUGUUGAGAGGUGACCACAUAAUUUUAAGCAGAGUCACCUGAACAAGCCAGGCUUACAGGCAGCAAGCCUGACUUGCUGCUUUACACAUAUAAACUCUUCAGCUAUCAAGCCAGUCACAUGGAAAGUGUGCAGUACUGAAGGAACUGUGCAGUCCUCUCUACUCAAAAAAUGCACUGUUCACCUAAUAAUCUUACACGUUGGCCCAAACUGCGACCACCAGCUUCCCAUGCUUCCUUCAUGUGUCAGUAUGAAAUAUCACCAUGACUGUUCUUCUUGUUAGUAAACAAGGGUUGGAUACUGGAUGAGGUGGUGAUUAUACACAGCCAAUAAUAAAUGUUUCAAGUAAAUUUUUUAAACCCUUGUUUGUGUAAUUAUUCAAGUAGAUUAAUUUGGGCUUCCUACCAAAUAAUCAAUUGAUAGUAAAAUAAACCCCAUAACUCUGGCAACCCAGUGAAAAUAUCCCAAGUUACUGCACUGUGAAAAAAACCCCCUAUGGUAUGUGCUCUUCUGUAAAGUCCUCUACAAGCUUCUAGGGUAGGUAAACUUCUGUUUGUGCCAUCUAGCUUCUACAAGAAUCAUGCUGCAUGUGCCUGGCAUUCACAGCUUUGCGAAACAGCUGUAGCAAAAAAAACCCUUAAGGCAGAUACAAAACUAGGUACUAAAUUUUGUGGCUUUCAGUUAAAUUUCUUCCAAGACUCCUGGAAAAUCCACAAUCCAGAAUCCAAAACUUUGCACUUCCCACAUGCAGCAAGAUAAGAGUCACUUAAGUUACUACUUUAAAACUGACUUUCCAUAGAAACUUGCUUUUGUUUCCAAAAAAAAAGUUUGUUUUCCCCACUCUUCUACAGGUCCUGCCAGGCCUAGGUGAAAACAUUCAACCCUGUCAUACACUCAGAAAAAACCCCUUUAUCCUUUGGAUAUCCUAUCCCUGACUAGGUUCCCUGGCUUUUUAUGCAAUUUGCACUUUGAAGGUAAGCAGCUUGAAUGUGUGCAAAGGACAUUUAGUAAACAAAUUGACAGUCCCUGUAGUGAAAUGGCCAUGAAAAUGUAUCUUCAAAGGAGCACCAAUUUUAGCUGUCACCAGCUACAUAUCACUGUCUUGAACUUAGGCCAGCACAGCAGAACUGCAUUGUGGAAAUACAUAAAGCAGUACAAGUGAAAGAAAUCAUACUACUGGGAGAUAUUGGGAAAGCAGCCAGUUUGAGGUUAGGGUUUAUCAUCACUCAGUUCUAUGCAAGCGCCACAGGUCAGAAAAAGCAAAGGGAGGCAUCUUAGUUGUAGUGAUGACUGCAGAGUAGUAAUUUUCAAAAGAACUCGAAAGACUAACAUCAAGCAGAUUAGAUCACAAACAUACUGCUCUCUUAUUUUUCCCAAAUUAAGAGAAAGCUUAUAAACAUCUGCUAAGGUUGGGAGUUGAAAUGCAUGCUAACUGAACAAGCUGAAGCCACAUCCGCCCCAGCUUUAAGAUGAAAACUAUUUUCCCUCAGCUUUUUAUUCAGCCUAUGUGCACAGCUUUAAGCAGAAAGAAAUCAUAUUCCAUACACCACACAUUUAGACUGGCACAAUAGUUGCAAUACAAGAAGUCAUUCAUAAUACCAUCUUCAACAUCAGAGUUUUCUAAGACAAUCAAUUAAAAGCCUAAGUAUUGCUGGAUAUUAUUCUCCAUAAGUUACCAUGAGUUUUGGGUUUAUUGAAAGGGGGUUAUUCCUUUUCAACAGGCCUGAGCUAAUCCAUGCCCUGAAAAAGACACAGUGUGCCUGUUAGGAGAGGCUGCAUUGACCCCACACAGGCUCAACUCUCAUUCUCCAAUUAAGUUCUUAGCAGCAGUCCCCGCAGACAAAUGGAGAAGGCAGCAGGUAAAGGAUUUCUUACGGAGUCAAAGGACUUCUCAGCACAGCAAGCUGCAGCAGUCUCUUCAUCUGUACUUACAGCUUUGAAAUUCGAGAGCUGCAUUUUUUUCCAUUUUAAUACAGGAGCAGGAAGGCCUCAGUGCUUGCAAGCACGUAUCUCAGCAAUGACAAAUGAAUAAACAAAUCAGAAAAUCCUCCAGUACUUGUUUCCAGAGGGGAAAAAAAGAAGUGUUACUCAGCCAUUUCUGCCCAGCUAAGAACAGAACUGGCACUUAAAGCCUUUUACCUUAGGAAAAAGAACCUAUUGCCAAGUCUGCUACAGCUUUUUUUUUAAAGGCAUUGCAUCAUGAGCACUUGAGAUACAUUUAUAAAUACAUCCUUGGCACGUGUUAA